CUUCGACUCGAGGGUUUGAUUCGCGAGGUGCAAAGACCGACUUUUUUUCCCACGAUAUCGGGCUGUUGUUUGCUUUGAGUAGGUAACUUAAAGUUCUGAUUAUGUUUAACGUAAAAUCGAUUAAUUUUUAGAAAACGGCAAAGUGACAUAUGUUUGUUUUGUUAUGGAGUUCAUUUGCGCAGCUGAGUUAAACAGUCAAGAGACUCUAUGGUCGAAGUCCCAAAAAUAUGAUCUGUAAUGAUCCUCUCAGCUGAAAACAAGUAUGCAACGAAAAAAAAUAUAUCUAUUUACUCCAUCUAGAACUCUUAACAGUCAGUCAGAAAGUAUCCAUGGGCCAGGGAAGCGACAAAAGCAUGAUGUUCAAAUUUGCUUACGGAUUUAGAUAAGAGCUUGGCCUGCCGGAACCAGUUUGUUCAAUUUUGUCUAACCAGUCCAAUUACAUAGUAAAAAGUAUGCAGCGAGCAAUAUCGUUCUGCAAAUCGGUUUCUCUUGGUCAAUAACUCGAUAAAUUACUUUUGGUGUGGUUAAGUGUUUUACUUAUUUAAUUUAUACCCGCAGGUGAAAUCUGUCAUUUUACGAUCUCAGGAACAUGACAGAUUUGAUAAACAAGAUACCCGCUCAGAAGACAGGUGCAGAAUUCCUAGUUGCUUCUCAUUUUACAAUCAGUCAUGAAGAUCGCUGGGCUCCUAGCAAGGACCCACUUGUGUACAAGAGCACAUUUAAAAAGGACUACCCUCCUCUCCCUUUGACUAAGCGGGAGCGCAUACCUUCACCAUCUCCUGCAACAAUCAUGCACAAAGAUGACCGCUACAAUGAUAAGUGUUCCAUGACGCGAGGACACUUCGUUGGAAAAAAUCCAGAGAAACAAAACUAUGCCAACUCUACAUCUACGUUGACCAAAACCAAUUUCAAAAUGGACUCUGACAGACAGCUCAAGUCAUUCCAGACAACUCACAAAGAGUAUUAUCCAGUUCGGCCUCUUGAUGAAGCAAGGAAUCCAGCUGCUACAGGAAAAAAGGAUUGGAUGAGAAGCUACAUUCCUCAAGGUAUGUUGUUUCUGCUUCCUGGAAAAUUAAUCUACAUCCUUUUGAGUUUAUAUUCAAUCUCUUUGGUCUGGUCUUUCCAUCCUGGUAUUUCAACCAGACUUGAUUCGAUUCAACCAUAAAGAAUUUCCAUAUUCUUUACUUUCAAAGCAAUCUCUAAUCACAUUCACUUCUCCCUCCCAUACGGACCCCUAAUCCUAAUGUUUUGGAUAACGCUUGUUAACCCUUUAACUCCCAGAGGUGAUGAACAUUUAACUUCUCCCCAUAAUGUCCUUACAUUACCCAGCAAACAGGUAAUGAGAAUACUCAAACUUAUUGGAAUGGGUAGAAGUUGUUAUCUAGAUCUAACAACAAAUUCUCAUAACUAAUUUACAGAAAUGUACAGCAGCCUGAGGGGAGAAUUCACAAUCAGAUCUUGGGAGUUAAAGGGUUAAUGACUUGGGCAAGAUAUUUUACACUCACAGUGCCUUUUUUCACCCAGGAAUAUAAAAAGGAAGUGGCAAAAUGCCAGCACAAGGGGGGGGGAGAGAGAGAGGGUAAGGGUAAACCUGGGACAGACAUACAUGUUCUCUAGAGGUAGAAGAAAUGCUCAAUGCUCAUGCUGCGAAAACCAGGAUAGCUCUUCUCAUUUGAAUCAUUAAGGCUUAAGAGUAGACCUAACUCUAGCUUAAUGAAUGGAGUAAGUUUCUAAAGAAACUGUGGUGCUGCAUCUCCAUGGGAGCAUAACAGUGUAAAUUAGUGUUAACAACUGAUUUGAUAGUAUAAAUUGGCCACUGUAAAGAGUUUCACAGCUUUGAAAGGAAGAGUUUCAUCGAUAGCUUUGAAACUCUUUAUAGUGACCAAUUUACAUUAUCAACUCAGUUGAUAUUAUUAAAUUACUACUAACUCCACCUAACCUCAUCUAGGUGAUAAAGAGAAGGAACUUUGGCCACACUCAGACUACCGUAGUAAGUUCCUAGGGAAACAGCUCAGUAAAAAAGAUGCACUGGCACCCAUUGACAGAAAUGAAGGACCACCUACUAUUACAGGGGAUGCAAGAACUCACCACAUGGGGCAAUUUACCACAACCACCAAGUCAGAAUUUGUAGGUCGUUAUCUACCAAAGCAGCAACUUUUGAAUCCCGCCUUGAGGGUGAGUUGAUUAGAAGAGUAACAGUAAAUAGCAACUGUGGUGGAUCCAGGGAAAGUUUUGGUGGGUCUGGGUUAACAAUUUGUUCUAGAGUUUUGAAUCAACUCUGUGAAAUUCCUUUCUAUCAUUUGAUUUUCUCAGUUUGGUAAAUAAUGUUAGGAUGGAGAAGAAUCUCUCUUCUUUCUGACAAAGAGCAAUUGUUUAACUAUUAAGAGCUUCUUAAAGUCUGCAAUCAUUUCCUCUCUUCUCAAGUUCUAAAUGUUUCAUUCUGGGGUAAUACUGUCAGUAAGAAAAAGUUCGAUGCUAGUCAAACUCAAUCUCAAAUCCCAUCAGUAAACUCUUUCUUCAAGCUCAUGGUGUUUUAUUGAGGAAACAUACUUAAUGAAGCAGAAGGGUAUAAAAUCCAUUCUCAUCAUCUCAGUUAUUUAUUUAUUAUUUUUUAAUUGCAGGAUAGGGGAUCAAGUAUCCCCCAAGGUGAUCAGGAAAAGUGCAACUACUCCACCUCAACCCAACAGGAAUCUUUCAGACGACCCACGACCAAAGAAUUAUCUGCUUUUGACAGGGGAGAGGCUGUCAACAACCUGCGCAGAACUACCUUUCAAUUAGGUGACAGGCGUGUUCCUGGUCACUUGGGGACCACAGCAGCUGAGUCAUACCCUGUGCACAUUAUGACAGGUGAACUUAGCCAUUUUUGAUACUUUUUCCUGGGCUUUUUUAGACCAAUAGGUACCACUGUAAUAUUAUGAAAACCUAGAAGUAGUCAUGCUAUGGACUGGCAUCCCAUUCAUAAGGGGAGGGGAGUUGCAAUAGAAUAUUCCUAAUGGCCUCACAUCAAGUGUAGAGUCUCUUGAAACUCUGGUUAUGUAAUCACCAGAAACAACAAAUUCCUAUCAUGAUUAUUCACAACUGCUAAAUGAAUUUAUACAAAAUCAUACAUGACAAAUUCCAUAGCGUUAUUCUGCAGAAAGGAUAAGACAUAACACCAACUAACUUCUGCCCUUAACAAAAUGUCAUCAGUAAUAAUAUGAAAUAGCCAUGAUGCAAGUUGGUAUUUCACAAUUUUAUUAAAAUAAUCUUUGUGAUCCAACUUGCUACAGACAGGAACGUAUCUGCCAACCUUGACAUGGGAAAAAGCAGCUUCCCUGAGGGAGACAGAGAUCCUCUACGAGCCCAUGAGCGAGUCAGUGUAACUACUAAUGACAUCUUCUAUGGAAAACCUGCCAUUGGAUUCAGAAAUAAAAUAGUUGAUGGUUCUCAUCUAAGAACUGAAUCUCAUGUGGAUCUGGGUGCUGCCAGAGGAGCACAGUUCUAUGAAACUUCAAUGAAAUCUUACUUCACUGCAGUAUCAGCUCCAUACAAGAAAGCUGAUCCAGGAAUGACCACAAGUAGCAGCAUUCCUCUUGACUAUUACAGUAAGUGUUUGUCUUCAGGGAUGUGACCAAUUAAUAAAAUAUUGUGAUAGGCUGUUGAAUACUGUGAGAUUAACACAACUUAUAAGCAGCCAUGGCCUUAACCCUUUAUCUUGCAAGAUUUUAUUUUUAAUUCUCCCUUCUAGCUGAUUGACAUUUUGUUGUUAGUUAGUUACAAGAAUUUGGUGUUAGUUAGUUACAAGAAUUUGGUCAAGAUAACAACUUUUACUCCCAUUACCUGUUUGGUGUAUAAUAUAUGGAAACAAAUAAUGUAUAAUAUUAUAGUGAGAAGCUACAUGUUGAUCACUUCUUUGAGUCUGUUAAUGCAGCAGAGACAGUGGCCUACCAACUAUUACACCAGUGCCAUAAGUUAUGUAGACAAAUAACUUCUGGGUGGCAGUUUAGUCUCCGAAUAGUGUAAUCCAGCAUUGAAAACUAGGCCCCAAUGAAUAGACAUUUGUCUAGUGUGUAACACUGUCCAAAUUUCUCAAGACAUUGUUAUUAGGAAUUAUUUAAUAGCAGCUAAAAGGCUGCCAAUUAAAAGGUAAUUUGCAAGCCCACAUACUUUCAAUUUUUACAUGUCCUUAAUAUAUUUAGCAGCAAACAGCUAACACUGCAAGUAACAGUUUUAAUUCUAUUCUAUUGUGUUUCCCUUUCUUAGAAGGUGCACCUGUUACCAUGCCAACAAGCUGGAGUGAUUUCCCAUCUCGUGCUGGAGUCCCUAAACUUAUCCCCAACCCCCUGGCAGUUGACAAUGUAAGUACAAGAAUCUUAAUUCACAAAAAAGUAAUAAUGGAAAUUUAGCAAUGGGCAUUCCACAAGGAGGCUCUUCUUGCACACUGUUUCCAGGUCAUACUGGAAUUUGAAAUGUUGGUUUUAGUGGAGAGUGGAAAACUGGAGUAACCAGCACAAUCCCCACAAGCAAGGGCAGAGAACCAAAAACAAACUCAACACACAUGAGAAACUAGGUCUAGGAAUCAAAUCUGGGCCAUGGCAGUGAGAGGAGAGGGCCGUUACCACUGUGCCAUCCCUGCUUCUUAAAAAGUAAUGGAUAUGAGGAAGCUGAUGUGUUAGGACCUGAACUUUUAAUUCAUCUUAUAUUCCUCCUUUGUCUACAGCUUAAGAAGUCUCAUAUAAGACCUCCAAUUCCAGAGGAGAGAGAGUUCAGUACAACUCACCAAAGAACCUACACACCAAAGAAGACUUCAAGAAGAAGUGUCAAUUCUGGAAGUUUGCAGCGUAGUUCCAUCCCACUGGGAACAUUAAAUACUUAUGUCUAA